CUCAGUCAGUGAUAGCUUUUCACAGGUCUUACAAGGGCUGCAGGUUUAUCCUUCUCCAGACCGUCUAUAGGAGACCACGACAUCUGCAGGAGCGCUUUGGAGAUUCCACAAAACGCGCUGCCUCGGAUGGUUUACUUUCUUUAGAAGAUGAAGUGUUGGAAUUGUGGCCAUGAACCUCCUAAAGAAAAGGCCAGGUUCUGCAGUAUGUGUAAAAAAUCCAUGCGACCACCGGCCCCUAUCAGUACAGCAAUCCAAGAGGAUACAAACAAGAAUUCGAUACUUCUGUCUGAGAUUGAAAUGGAGCCUGGGAAAGAACUGGUAUUAGAUGAAAGCAAAAUACCUGCCUGUAUCGAGCCAGCAAGUAUAGCUGAGCGUGAGCCUCCAUCACUGGGAGACACUGGUCCACCAAGCAAGAAAAGGAAGCGGAAGUCAGUGGAAAAACCAGAGAACCAACAAAAUGAAGAUGGAAUAAAGGCGUCAAGUUCUUCAACUAAUGAAGUUCCGAAUACAUCUGCAUCUGCAAUGGAUCAGGAUCUUGAAAUAUGCUUUCAUGUUAUUAUAUCUAAGGAAUUUGGCCUCAAAGUGAAUGAAGAUAAAGUCAUAGUUAAAGCAGAAAAUAUUACAGGAUAUGAAAAUUGGAAAAGUGUUGUUUGUGAAAUGCAUUAUACAAAGGAGCUCAAGGACUUUGGAUUCUUGUAUGAAGGAUGCACUCAUGUUUCCAAGAACAAUCUGAACAAAAACAUCCAGUACAAGUAUGUUGUUUUACAGAGUAAUGGACGUGAAGAAUAUGAGUACAUUUACGGUGAAACGACAGACAAAUUGCCCAUUAUCAACCGCUGCCUGUUCAUGCCUUCAAACUAUAUCAUUAAAGGAGAGUGGCAUCAGUAUGAUGACGUGUGCCUUAAAAAGAAUGAAGGUUUUCUGAAAUCUCUGAAGAAAUCUUUGGAAAAUGUGUGGAAAAGUGAAUAUAAAUCCAUCUAUGAAAAGAAAAUGAAGGCGGGUGAAAUCAUGCUCAGCAGCAUUUACACUAUUCUGGAGACCUGCGAUGAGAUCAAUUUGUCUGGCUUUUUUCAACAACUGCAGCAGUUUUAUUAUGUGGCGGCACGUUUUACUGUGGAUAAAAUAGUAGACUGGCAUUCCCAGAAAUAUGACAAAGAAAAGGUGAAUUACUUGAUGAUGACGUUGCUCAAUAAGAUCUGUGACCCUUUCAUUAAUACAAAUAAGCAGCAGGAAAGUAAUGUGAGGCUGAACAGAUUAAUUGCAGGAUUAAUUUGCCUCUGGAUUGCCCGUGGUUAUGGCAUUCAUGGUAGUAAAGAGCAUUUAACAAACAUCUGCUGUAUUCUCUGCUUGGAUGAAAUGCCACGAGAAAAGUUAAUCGAUGAGCUUAAGAAUGCAAAGACUCUCUUCGGAAACUUUCCAGGAACAUAUCAAGCUUUGAAGCAGCUAUGCCAGCAAUGUAUUGAGGAAAAUGUAGAACACUGGGUAUGGGUCUUACCAGUUCUCCAUACGUUUUCUCAUGUAUCCAACACAGAGUCUUCAAUGCCAAUUCAAGAAGAUGUAUGGGCAGGUCUUGGAGGCCUAGCCUAUUCUAAAAGUUCCUGGGAUGUUUUUGGAAAGAUGGUUAAAAAAAAGUAUUUACUUCAGUCACACCCAAUGGUGAUCCAAUCAUGGCUUUGUUUGAUAUCAGUCAACGAGAUGGUGAAAUUUUUAGAUGAACUUCCAGUACCAAUUGUGGCUGUUCUUAAAGCCUGUUACUUCAAAAUUCCUGUUGUUGAAUAUUAUCAACUUGAGGAAGUUAAAGAUGUUUUGAAAAAAAUACUACAAAUUAUGAAAGAACAAGUAAAACCUUUGGAUCCAGAGUCAUUUGAGAAGUGUUGUAAAGCCAGCCUUGGCCUGCACUAUGAAAUCCUCAAUAAUAAAUUGCUGCAAAUUUAUUCUGAGCUAGCAGCUCUGUCUGCAGAGAUCAUCUUAACCUUUUUAACAGGCUUGUCGAACGGAGGUGAUGAAACGAAAUCAUUACAACCUGAAAUAGAGAAAGUGUUUGACAGCACAAUGUCACUAACAAUAAAAUGGCUCAAAGAUGUGUAUGGGCAAAAAUUUACUUUUGAGUACUACACGCCAAAAAGAUUUCCUCUUGAAAUGCAGGCUUGGAAUCUGAUUCUGAAGGCUGGUGAAAAUGCAACUCAGAAGUGGAAAGAUUCUCUCCUAUCGCUGUUGUGCAAUAAAAUUAAGCAGGAGGACUCUGUUAAACAGAUUGUGAUCUACUGCAAAGAGCAGCGUCUAUUUCAAGAACUUCACCCAUCAAUUCAUAAAUGUUUUGAGGACUGCGCUAUUGAAGCAGUGCAUUCUGCUUGUCAGUCAGAGAAUAAUAUUCUCCGUCAGUUGGAUACAUAUAACUUGGCAAAUUUUGAGCACUUGGUGUCCAGUGUUAUACUGAAUUCUUGGCCAAAAGAUGACCAUGGAAAAUGUGUACAAGACAAUGAUAGAAUUCUACAGCACUUGUUACAGUGGGAUGAUGCUACAUAUAUAUUUAAACUUUAUGGAACAGACUCUAGAAUCAUUGAGCAUAUUAAUGAGGAAAUUCAGGAGCUGGUGGCCAUCUCAGACUCUGUGUUUCUAGAAGCCAGAAAAAGUGUCAUCGAUGGAACUGUGCCGAUUAAACAUUUGGAAUAUAUUUUGAAGAGCAAAAAAAAGUUUCUGGACAUUUGUAGACUUAAAGCAGAAAAAAGAGAGAACAUCUCGGUGGCUGACAUCAGACAAGUGCUGGAGUGGAGGGGGAAAGAGUUAAAAACUAUAAAGACAGAACGGGAGUGGGUGGGCAGUCUCCUAAACAUGAUCAACAGAAUUGCUCGGAGUGUAAAAGUAAAUGUUUCUGAGGUUCGGAGGAAAUAUUCAGCAAAUCUGGAACCCCAAAAACUGAAUGAUUUAACCCCUGUAAAGAUUCUUGGUGAAAGUAUCCAAGGAGACUCUGUGUCCUACUACCAACUGUCUUCUGACCUAAUGGACAUGGCUCACUAUGUACAUACUUUAACAAACAGUCACGUUUUCAUUACUUGCUGGGGACAACAAGGGCACUUACUUGCAAACAGCAUUGAAGAUUCAUUCGAAAGUCAGGUCAGUGACAAAAGUCAAGAUGAAGAAGAUGUGGAAAUAACAUUAGUGGAAUUAAAGGAUAGACUCUUUACCCCCUGCCUUGAACAUUGUAAAAUCAUUUAUGAAAAUUUAAAGACGGGAGAAAUCACGUUUGAAGUUGCUGAUGACUUUUUGGAGGAUUUCAGAAAUAGAUCUGAACAGUUAAAAGAAGAAUUUCGAGCCUUGUGUUGUUUGGGAGAUAAGGACAGUGGUCGAUGGAUCUCUAAACGUGUGAUGCAGAUUAAGCAGUAUCACCAGCUUGACGUAGCGUUCCGUUCAGCAAAAGUCAUAUAUGACGUGAAAUGUUUGCUGAACCUAUCUGGAAAUUUUCAAACCUUAACAACACUGCAGGAAUUUGCUGACGACUUUGAAAACUGUAAACAAAAGUCUCUUUCUUGCAUAAAUGAUGAAGUGAUGAAAACAAGAAAGCUUUUAUCAGAAAUAAAAGAUGAACAUAUCGAAUGCCUUAAGGAGCUUUUAUCAGCAAAGGACUUUUUACAGUGGGUGAGAGAAGAAUUGGAAGAUGUCAAUGAAUUAAAAGUGUUUGUUGACUUGGCCUCAAUCUCUGCUGGUGAGAAUGAUAUGGAUGUAGAUCGCGUUGCCUGUUUUCAUGAUGCAGUUCUGGGUUAUUCAUCUUUACUAUACGAACUUAAUUCAAAUUCUGGUUUUGAUGACUUAAUGGCAUGUUUGCAAAAACUGUGGAAGGCUUUAAAAAGUGACCGAAACCUCUCCAAAAAGUUGAGAGACUCUGCUCGCCACAUAGAGUGGUUGAAAACUGUGAAGGAAAGUCACGGAUCAGUGGAAUUGUCCUCGCUGUCAUUAGCAACUACAAUAAACAAAAGAGGGAUAUACGUAAUCCAAGCACCCAAAGACAACCAAAAGAUUACCCCAGACAGUGUGAUGCAAUUGAAUCUCCAAGAAGAAGGAGACAGCAGGAUAAAUGAACGUAGUUACAACCUAGAGGAGUUGAAGGAAUUACUGAAUAAACUUAUGCUUAUGUCUGCGAAAGGAGACCAGAGCAAUCAGGAGGUUGAAAAGUUUUCAGAGAUUUUUUCCAAUGUGCAGAGGCUGUCCAGAUCAUUUAUUUACCUAUAUUUAGCUGGAAAUAUGUUAUUUAGAACUUGGAAGGCAGAAAUUUACUGUUCAGAUGAUGCUCCAACUGGAAUUUGCAUGAGAUUUGAUGUUAAUGGUAUUGACAAACUGGAAGAACAUGGACCUCCUACGAGUCUACUUCCAGAUAUCUGCAGCACAAUGGAGAACUUGUUAGAAAAGUGGUUGGAAUUCAUGAACCAGAAGAGGUCUCAGCUUUACUACCUAAACUAUUACACAGCUGAACAGUUGGUUUUCCUGUGCCAGGAAUUUCAGAGAAGAGAUAUCAGCGAGGAGGCACUUGUAAUGUUGUCUUUUAUUAAACCCCAGUGUCAAAAAAUUUACACAAAGUCCUGUUACACAGAGACUGGAUCUACUGGGGUUUGUCUAAACAGAUUGAGUUUUGCAUUAAAAUUUGCAAACUGUGCCAACGUGUUGGAGAAGCUUGAAAUAGGUGCUUAG